AUGGAUCCCCCCAGGAAGAAGACCAGAACUGCGGCUGGUUCUGCACCUGCCAGCUCAGCACCUGCCUCUACAACUGGUCCUUCCUCUGCCGCUGGUCCUUCUUCUGCAGCCGGGCCCUCCACUGCCUCUGCCCCUGCACCUACUUUUUCCUCUGCCGCCGGUCUGCCCCCCAUUGCUGGUCUAGUUGCUAAUGCACUGGUUAAUCAAGUUGCUAAUGCACCUCCACCUCCAGCUGCCCCUGUACCUGCCAAUGUACAAGCCCCUGCCACGCAGCGUCAAUUGACGGACACAGACCGCAGGCACAGAAUCGACGCUCUGCGGGCAAGAAUUAGCCCUCACCUUACUGACCGUUCCUUGUUGGAAACGUAUCUCGACGUGGCAGAUUGGGAUGGGGAAGACGCCUUUGCCCUGUGGAAUGCCGACAGGGAAAACAUCCUUCGUGGCACCGCCGCGAAUCAAAACAGCACAACAUUGAGCGCUAUGAAUGAAAGUACGAUCGUCGCCAGUUUCAAUGCCAUCCCGGAACAUGAGAGACGGGAUGCCGCCCUGGCAUUCCGAUUGCAUUUCCAAUCUCUAUUCGCGGGGGAGAACUUAAGUCGUACAGAAGCAAUACUCUAUCUCCAUUUCCACAGGUGGGAUUUGGGCGAUGCGCACGACAACAUAUCAAAUUUAGAGGGGAUCCGCCACAGGAUUGAGGAUUAUGACCGGAUGCGAACGCCUCUCCCAGAGGAGGUCGACAUUAGCGACCUCGUUACCACGGCACAACAAGAUGAACGGCUCGCCGAGUUCAUAAGUAUCACCGGACGGCCCGAUUGGUGGUCCCAUCGCGUGAUAUUGCAGGGUUUCGCUUGGGACUUGAUUGCGGCUAUCUCAUAUUGGUUCUUGGAGGGAGUACCUCCUUAUCAACCGGAAAACAAAGAGAAACGGAAAUCCACCAAAAAGGACCCUGACGGGAAGAAAUAUGAGUUCGGUCUCCGGGUGGGCGUCAAUGAGAGGUCAUUAGACUGGCCAACGGCAGAGCAAUGCGAAGCAUCCAGAACGGCAUUCAUGGACGAUGGUUGGGAGGUGGAACCAGACCGAUACUCCAAGCCAGACGAUUCGGGGAAUGCUUCAGAGUCAGAUGAGGAUGAUUCCGACGAGAGCUCGUCAGAUGAUGACAAUACUAAGAAAGGCAAGAAAGGGAAAUUGAGCGCAAAGGCCAAGGGCAAACAGAGGGCAGUUUCUCAGUUAGACGAGGACGAUUCCAACAAGGGAAAGAAAGGCAAAAAGAGCUUUGUGCCUAAAGGUGAAGGUUUUCUCCUCACCGUUAAGGGUGACCCUCUGGAACCAGCGUACACGGGCUGUCCGGAUCCGUCGAAAUUCCUUAUCGAGACCAUUUCCAGAGGAAGGUACGCUUUUAACCGCUUCAGACAGGACGGAAGGUUCAUAUGGCCGGGCCUUAAUCAGAAUAACCAGCAAAGGACAGCGAGAGCUUCGACGGGUCGAGUAGAGUUCGAUUGGAACGACCCGUCCCACAUUCAAUUGCUGAAUAAUUGGCGUCGACAAGCACUUCUCCGAACAGGCCCAAGCAUGAGACAUGAUGCCCCUCAACCAUGGUCGAGGGAAGAGGACCAAUUCUUGAUCGACUUGACCCAGGAGCUCCAUGACGAAAUGAGCCAAGAUCCGGACUGGACCGCCGGCAGCAAAUUGAGAGUCACUAACGCGAAGAAGGCGGAGUGGAAAAGGAGGUUCAAUAAGCGGUUUACCGGCACAACUCUACCAGGCGCGGACGAACCACGCACUGACCGGACAGAAGGCGCGAUUAUGCAGCGCAGAGGUCGCAUCAGGGAGCUCAUCGAACGGUAUGGUGUCAAGAAAGAUGAGGGCUACUGGGCAAGACUGGAAAUGAGCAAGAAGCGCAAGCGUUCAGAGGGCGAGGACGAGAAUGGGGACGAGGGGGCAGGCACAGAGCAGCCUACUCUACCCGCAGAUGACCAAAAUGCCGGUGGUGAGGAAGAGCCCGCGGGUAUUGACGAAAACACUCAACAAGCGCAGACAUCCCAGCCUCCUCGAUAUCGGGCAAACCCCAUAUUUCCCCGAGCGCAGGAAUUUCAGUCUCAACAAACGCAGACAUUCCAGCCUUCUCAAUACCGGGCAAACCCGAUAUUUCCCCGAGCGCCAGGAAUUCCUCUGCAAGCACAGGCAACUCAUCCUCAGCAAGCGCAGGUCACUCAGACCGCAACACAGGAGGAAGAACAAGCCAACGCAGGGGAGGCCGCCUCGAUAGACACUGACUCAGAUGAUGACCUCCCUUUGGUUUUCAUACGAGCUCGUGAUCGGGGGAGACCGAAAUGA